AUGAAAAAGGUACAGAAAUCUUCAUCGUCAGACGAUACCGACUUAGAAAUUGAUUACGCUGAAAGUGGUGACAGCGAAUGGAAUGAAGAUAGUGAUUCAAUUGUAGAGAAUACGGAAGAUAAAAAUAAAAUAGUGACUGAAAAACGAAGACUGAAACUUGCUUUUCAUAAAAAGCCACAAAAAAAGAGUCAGAGGCCUCUUUCGCACCCUGGAUCGGAUCUUGAAAAUAUGCCUUUAAGUUCACUGGCGUCUUCUAGGGGUAAAGUUUCUGUAAAAGAUUUAAAAACAGGUUGUUAUGUAAUAGUUACAUAUGAAGGUGAAUAUUUCCCGGGUAAAAUUGAAGACAAAGAUAGAGGGAUGUACGAAAUUAGUACAAUGGUACUAUCAACUGGGAACACUUUCAGAUGGCCAGACAGAGCAGAUAAAAUUUGGUAUAAAUUGAGUGACAUUAUUGAAAGAAUUAGACCUCCUAUAAAACAAAAUAAUAGAGGAUUCUUUAAAGUUGCAGAGAUGAAUAAAUUUUUACCUGAUAUAUACAUGACAUAG